AUGGGGAUGCUGCUUAUACUGCUUCUGAGUUUGACGAUAUUGGUUGUUCUGCUGUUAAGAACGAUCGCAGCUCAGUCUCGGCCUAACUGCCCAAAUAAAUGUAAGAAUGUGAAUGUCACAAUUCCGUACCCUUUUGGGACGAGAGAAGGCUGCUACUUGAACGAGUUAUAUUUUGUAAACUGUACAAAUUUAAAAAUCUUUAAGACCAGUAUCAAAGUGCUAAAGAUAUCAGCCGAUGGUGAUCUGCGUGGGUUAGUACCAAUAUCCCACCGUUGUUACAACAAGCAUGGUUAUGAAACUAGCUCAGAACCCAGAAUAACGUUUUCAAGGUUCCCACUCUCAAGCUCACGGAAUGUUUUGACUACGGUUGGGUGCGAUGCUAGAUCCAACAUAGGGCUUGCUUAUGGUGACGGCUACAUAACCGGAGGUUUAACAAAUAAUGCAGGUUGCAAUACGGUAAAAAACGGUUCAUGUUUAGGCAUGGGUUGCAGCCAGGUUCCGGUUCUUUAUAAUAUGACAAGUAUUAAGAUCCAUACAAAGAGGAACACAAAUGUGACUGUCGGCAAGUGGAGAUUCAAUAAUUGCACAUACGGGUUUCUUGUUCAGAAAGAUCAUUACAAGUUUCAUGUAACCGACCUUUAUAAAAUGCAGAGACGAUAUUUCCCUGUGGUUUUAAAAUGGUCGGUUGGGAACACAAGUUGUGAAGCAGCUCAAACUAACCGUACAAUGUACAUGUGCACAGAAAAUAGUAUAUGUAUUGACACUCAGACUGAGUGCGAUCAAACCUACAAAGGGUAUCGUUGCCAAUGUGCUAAAGGGUACCAGGGAAACGCAUAUCUUCCAAAUGGGUGUCAAGACAUCAAUGAGUGUGAAGAACAUCUAGAUGAUUGCUUAUAUGGGUGUACUAACACAAUUGGAAACUACACCUGUUCAUGCUUCUUGGGUCAUCGUGGUGACGGUAGAAAGAGUGGGGAAGGGGUUGGCAUGGGCAUUGCAGCAUCCUUUGUGUUAACACUUAUCGUAUACGGGGGGCUCAAACAAAGGCAUAUCAUGAAGAGUAGGGAAAAGUUCUUCAAGAUGAAUGGUGGCUUGAUACUACGGAAACUACUCUUUGAAUCUAAACAAUCCUCCCAAAUGGCCAAGAUUUUUACAGCAGGCGUUCUUGAAAAGGCAACCAAUAACUUCCAUAAAACAAAUAUUAUUGGUCAAGGAGGCAAUGGUACUGUUUAUAAAGGUACAUUAGCUGACAAAACUAUGGUUGCCAUCAAGAAAUCUAAGUCGAUUGACCGUAACCAGAUUGAGCAAUUUAUAAAUGAGGUGAUCAUGUUAUCAGCGAUUAGCCACCCAAAUGUUGUCAAACUCUUGGGCUGUUGUCUUGAAACUCAAACUCCCCUUCUAGUUUAUGAAUUCAUAACUAACAAAACCGUCUUCCAACACCUACAUGAAUAUGGCAAUAUUUCUUCAUUGACAUAUGAAAGGCGGUUAAAGAUAGCCAUGGAGACUGCAGAAGCCCUUUCAUAUAUACACUCAACAACACAAAUCAUUCAUAGGGAUAUUAAAUCUUCAAACAUACUUUUGACCGACAACUAUACUGCUAAAGUGUCUGAUUUUGGCAUAUCAAGGUUCAUUCCUGUUGAUCAGACUCAUUUACAAACAUUGGUGCACGGGACACUUGGGUACAUAGAUCCUGAGUACUUCCGCUCAGGAAUUUUGACGGAGAAGAGUGAUGUGUAUAGUUUUGGCAUGCUUCUUGUGGAGCUCUUAACGGGCAGAAAAGUUUUUUCACACGACGGAACUCAAAGUGACUUGGGUUUGGCCACGUAUUUCGUUUCUUCACUAGUAAGUGGUUGUUUGAUCGAAAUACUUGACCAUGAAGUCAAGAAAUAUGGGCUUCAUGACAAUAUCAAGAAACUUGCUCGCCUUGCAGAACACUGUGUGGAGCUAGAAGGUAGGAAAAGGCCUAGCAUGAAAGAAGUGAAAGCAGAACUCACGAAGCUAAGUCAAUAUCUUACUUUGACUUUGAAUAGCUUAUAUUGUUUGACUGAUCAAAGUUAA